GCAGCGUCGUCGUCGUAGUCCCCGCCUCUUCCCUAGGGGCCGCGUCGGAGCCUCGGCGGCGGCGGCGGCGGCGGCGUCGGCGGUGCUUACAGCCUGAGAAGAGCGUCUGGCCCCGGAGCGGCGGCGGCCAUCGAGACCCACCCAAGGCGCGUCCCCCUCGGCCUCCCAGCGCUCCCAGGCCGCAGCGGCCGCGGCCCUUCAGCUAGCUCGCUCGCUCGCUCUCCUUCCCUGCUGCCGGCUGCGCCAUGGCGUUGGCGUUGGCGGCGCUGGCGGCGGUCGAGCCGGCCUGCGGCAGCCGGUACCAGCAGUUGCAGAAUGAAGAAGAGUCUGGAGAACCUGAACAGGCUGCAGGUGAUGCUCCUCCACCUUACAGCAGCAUUUCUGCAGAGAGCGCAGCAUAUUUUGACUACAAGGAUGAGUCUGGGUUUCCAAAGCCCCCAUCUUACAAUGUAGCUACAACACUGCCCAGUUAUGAUGAAGCGGAGAGGACCAAGGCUGAAGCUACUAUCCCUUUGGUUCCUGGGAGAGAUGAGGAUUUUGUGGGUCGGGAUGAUUUUGAUGAUGCUGACCAGCUGAGGAUAGGAAAUGAUGGGAUUUUCAUGUUAACUUUUUUCAUGGCAUUCCUCUUUAACUGGAUUGGGUUUUUCCUGUCUUUUUGCCUGACCACUUCAGCUGCAGGAAGGUAUGGGGCCAUUUCAGGAUUUGGUCUCUCUCUAAUUAAAUGGAUCCUGAUUGUCAGGUUUUCCACCUAUUUCCCUGGAUAUUUUGAUGGUCAGUACUGGCUCUGGUGGGUGUUCCUUGUUUUAGGCUUUCUCCUGUUUCUCAGAGGAUUUAUCAAUUAUGCAAAAGUUCGGAAGAUGCCAGAAACUUUCUCAAAUCUCCCCAGGACCAGAGUUCUCUUUAUUUAUUAAAGGUAUUAAAGAAAAAAUUUAUUCUAGUCCCAGUGUAACCAUGUGCUACAUUGUAGAUUUCUGUUCAGUUUUAGAGUAAGUAUCUGUGGUAGGGGGAUAUAGAGAAAGUAAAGAAGGCACAGUCCCUGCCUUUUAGCAGUUUCUUGCCUAGUAACAGGGAUUUUUACAAAAAGCUAUUGAUAAAGUCAAAUUAGAAAAACUGCCAUAGGAGAAAUCAUUACUUCAUGCUUUGACAGUGUGAAAGAGGCAGGGGUCUUAGCAGUCAGCAGAAAGCUGGGAUAUUUGGCUGCUUGACUGAAUCCAGCAUCCUGAAGCCACUGCUUACUGUUGCACCAGUUCCAGAGGAUGACAUUCAGAAGGAACCCUUCAGGCCUAAUCACUCGUCUCUGCCCCUAAAUCCCAGAACCUGGAGAGACCGUGUAGUACUUUAAGAACUCCUUUUGUCUGGGCUGCUGACAAGCCCACCAAGUCUUCCAUUUCUUAAAAUUGUCGUUGAGGCUUUCCUGAUGGCUUUCUUCAGGUUGACAUUCUGAUACCACUCUAAUGUGAGGACGGUCAAACUCAAGAGGAGAAAGGACCUUUUCCCUUGCCUAGAACAGGAGGACUAAGCCCUGCCAAGGCUGUUUGAUUCACACAUGAUUUUCCCCAGAGGUUCACACUCCAUCUUACAUCAAUGGCUGCCUAAAGGAAGAGGCAGAGAAUCUUGAGAAAGAGUACACCAGAGAGAGCUCUCUCUGGUAACAAGUUCUAAUAGGCUUUCUUGGACUUGGCUGUUUGUUCCUUGGGACUUUGGGGACUGUGUUGAUCAUAGAGUGGAACCUUGAGCACCACCUAGAGGCCAGUCCGGUUGAAGGUCUUAGGCAAAGCAUUAUAAAAGAUAGGUGGUGUAGUUCAGAUAAACUUUACAUGAUAGUGGAGAGUGUGGGGAAGAAUUUCAGAAUCAUCUGAGGCAGAGUGAAGAGCAAAAAUAGGGAAGUAUGGAGCUUGUUCAGAGGACAACAGCUUGAUUGGGGCAUAAAGGAGUAUUGAGGGUCAAAGCUAAAAAGUCAGGUUGAAACAGGUUUCUCAAAUACCUUGAGCACCAAGCCCAUUUGCAGUAGAACCAUCAAAAUGAUAGAGCCAGUGACAUGUUGGGUCAAUGCAAGACUAAGCCCACGUGGAACAUGAAUUUGUUCUGUACUCGCAGAGUGUCAGUUUAUAUAGGCGAUCAUACGCUAAUUGUGAGGUUCUCAAUUUUGAAGACUUGUGGUGGUCUCAGGUGGUAUGCUUCAAGAAAAUAAAGCAUCUACCAUAGUUGAUUUUCCAGGUGAUAAAACAGCAUUGAAAGCUUUUAGGCAACAGAAUAAUAUAAUGAGACCCUCUCGAAUAUAACAAACAUUUUUUCAAGCAUAGUAGAGUAAAAUUAACAUUCAUGGAGUUUUCCAUGUGUCAGAUAAUAUAUUAAGCAUUUUACCUGGAUAAUUAAAUGUAUGUAGGUAAAGAAGGCUCAAACUGCUUUUAAAGUUAGUUUCUUCAUUAUUAAAAAACUAGUAUUCAUUAUUAAAAAACAGGAAUCUUUGAUUGCAUGUUUAAAAAUGUGUAGCAUGUCAUGAAUUUGAAUUCAGUCACACAGUCUGGACGCAGAUGGAUAUUCAUACCACUGGCCUGGGCCUUAAUGCCUACGAUGUGUCUCUGUUUAUGUCUAGAACAUAAGAGACUUAUUAGAUAUUCUUUGCAGUUUUAUAUAGUUACCAUUGUCAUCUUUCAUCUAUAUAUCAGAUUGGAAUUUAUAGUUAGCCUUAGGUUUAACUUUUACCUAUCAAGGAUUCAAAAGCUAGUACUAUUGGGUUGCUACAAGUCCUCCUUAUGAAGGGUGCUGAAAUCACCUAAUAUUUUCCCUGUAAUACAUUGACACCCAAAAUAUACUAAGGGGACAGAUUUCUUUCUCUUUUAAAAAAAAGUCAUCGAUCCUGUAGGUGUAGUCUAAUGUUAGCUCUGAAUUUCUAAAUGGACUGAGAUCACACCUCUGUCUAUUCUCUUUGUUCUUCAGUUAGAAGGAAAUUUGAAUCUUUAUUAGGGGAUUGCAUACCUUCUUCAUCUUGGUUCUAAGCAUAAGAAAUAGCAGCCCAGUUGACAGAAAGCCUGAACGUCUCAGUUUUCCUGUGUUGUUUGGUGCUUUACUGAAAAUUUUGUUGUUAUUGUUUGGAUUUUCUAAAAUUUCUGAAAUGUUUUUUGAUAUUCUAAAUUUAAAACUAUGCAUGUGGGGUUGUGAUUUGAAGUAGGCAGUCCUUAGUAAUAAUAAUGUUGUAGGAAGUACUAAGGGAGAUUAAAGUGAUGUGCCUGCUGGUGCUUCAGGAGUGUACAUUAAGAGUUGUCAGAAACUUACUCGGAGGUAAAUGAAUGCACACCAUUGGAGGGCAUAAUAGAGUUUAUUUGCUUUUCUAUUUAACUGUGAUACCCUGGUUUAUUUGAAAUCAUUCCUGACACACCCAGAGAAUUCAGAGCUCUAAAUUAAGGGUUUGAGGAACUUACAGCAGAAUUUAGAAUUCUAAUGACUUCACUAAUUUUCCAGGGAUCCCCAGAGGGAACCUGAAAAGCCAUAAUGUCCUAUGGGACUGAGUUCCCUUUGUCCACUGAAAGAGUAAGAACUCUGUCCAGAUCCAGAUGUAGAAUCAUUUCUUUCUCUAGUUCAGAGGACAUUUAGUUUAAUUUUGUUAGAAGACAUACUAGAAAACCGUCAUGUGAAGUAUGAAAGCUUUAUUUUUUCCUCCCUAUCGAUUCUUUAUUAUGUUUAUCACAGUUUUUAAAAAGUAAUUAUCUGCUAAUUCCAACAUCAAGAUAGGUAAGUCUAUUUGUAUUGAUGGAUUUUUCUCUUGACUCUGGGUUACAUUUUCCUGUUUUUACACACAUGGCCAGUUAUUUCUUUGUUGCAGCAUUGUUAAUUAUCAUGUUGUAGAGAUUAUGAGCUCUGAAUUUUGUCAGAAGGUUGUUGAGUUUUUGCCUAGCAGGCAGUCAGAUUACUAAAGGAUAACUUUGAUCUUAUUUCUAACUGUCAUGUACAGUGAUUCUUCUAGGGAGAUAGGGAUAGGGGAGAGGGAAAAUGUAGUUUAAAAAAACCUAGGCUAACUCCUGCUGAGGAAAAUCACUGGUAAAACUAGCGACUACUCUGCUAAAUUGCCUCUCUUGACGUUGUCAACCUGAAGCCAUCAAAAGGAUCAGAAUACAGAGUUUAUGCAAGUAGAAAGCUGGGAAUGGCCAAUCAGAGAACACAAACUUUAGAAAACGGGGUCAGUGUUCCCAAAAUCUUUAUUUUCUUUUAUGGACUUCUACUUCUUUGAUGGAGAUGUCACCAAUUAAAAGGUAGCUGAAGAAAGACACAGGUAGGGAAUUUUUAAAAUAACUUUGCCAGAAAGAUACAGAUACAGAAUUUUUAAAAUAACUUCACCAUAACAGAAAAAUAAUAUACUUUCCAUAUUGUACUAGGAUUUGGCAUUUUACUAGAAAAGGAUAUAAGAAUAGUGACUUUUCUAGUCAGGCUACCUGAAAUAUAGUACAAAUAAACCAAUCUUGAAGUGAUCCCAAAACACCUCUUUCUAAUCAGCCAAAGUAGAUAUUGCAAAAGCUAAACAUUAAAGCUUAUGUACUACUAUCAUAGGGGCAGCUCUCAGGUUCCUUUUCAGAGUCCAUUUAAGCUUAAGGGAGGGAAAAAUGUACUAAUAAGCUGUUAUCUGUUUUCCUGCUUCAUAACAAAAUGCCAGAAGGAACUGCUAAAGGUGUGCACAGUGGCCAUCAAGAAGUAUGUGACUGGGCUGGGCGCAGUGGCUCACGUCUGUAAUCCCAGCACUUUGGGAGGCCAAGGUGAGCAGGUCACCUGAGGUUAGAAGUUUGAGACCUGCCUUGGCAACAUGACAAAACCGCGUCUCUACUAAAAAUACAAAAAUUAUCUGGGUGUGGUGGUGUGCGCUUGUAAUCCCAGCUACUUGGGAGGCUGAGGCAGAAGAAUCGCUUGAACCCAGGAGGUGGAGGUUGCAGUGAGCCAAGAUCACGCCCCUGCACUCCAGCCUGGGCGACACAGUGAGACUCUGUCUCAAAAAAAAAAAAAAAAAAAAAAAGUAUGUGACUGAGGAAGCAGAAGAAACAGAUACCUGUUAUAAACAUCUGUACCUGAAAUGUUAAAAAAUGUAAAGUGUUUAUACUUUUUCUUAUUUACCAGUUCACUGGAAAAUACAUUUUUAUGGAUUAUCACCUCCUCUGAUGCUGCCAGGUGAAUGAGGAGUUAGCUACAGUAAUAAGGUGGUAACACAGUUGAUUGAUUAUAUCUAACACUAUUUGUGUGGUAUCAAAAGCACUUGUACAUAUGAAGCAUAAUAUAUUUUAAAAUUAUUUAUUUUAACUGCAUCUGAAAUAGAAGGAAAAAAGGAGGUUUUUGAGCCCUAGCAUUAAUGAGCUAGGGCCUUCAUAAUUAAAAAAGUGACCUAGUGAGCUGUACCUAUUAGGCAUCAAAUAUUUUAAUUUUUAUCCAUGUGAUAACAGACACUUUCAUUUCUCCUUUUCUACAAUUUUUCUCCUGUUCCUUAAUACUUCUUUUAUUUUAUUAAAGGAAAUUCAUCUCAAGGUAAAGGUUUACUUAUUGGACUAUGUUAUAAGAUAGCAAGAUAAUAGGGAAAUGGUGUUUCCAGUAGAAUUUUUGCUAAACAAAAUUUACAUGUCUCCAAGAAGAACUGGUUGUCUUCCUCUUGGAAUAAAAUGAUCUGUAGGCUAUUCGAUUCCUUUUUUUUUUUUUUUUUACAAAGUGAUCUGAUCUAUAAUUUAGUAAUGCGGUCCAGAGUCACUAAGAUCUGUUUGUCCUUCAGUUUGUGUACUGCCAGCAUUUCUGUAAAACUGCCACUCAAGCCUCCAAGUCUCAGACAGCAGUGCCCUCUAGCAAUCUUUCAUUUGGAGAUUGUGUGGUGAUUGAGAUUACCCACUGGUGAACUCUCUAGAUCCUCUUGAGAGAUUUUAUUUUAAUUUAAUUUAAUUUUUACUUUUCUUACUGAACAAGCAAAGGGAUUUUUAAUGUUUGUUGGGUGGCAGGCUUUGACUUUGAGGGAUCUGUUAAAGCUGUUUACCUAUGCUAAAGCAUCAUAAACUAAGGAAGUGGCCAGGUAAUUGUCUGUACCAUAUUGUAUAUUCUUGCAAACUCUGUUUUGACCUACUAGUCACUGUUUCAUCAGUUUUCAUCUAUUAAAAGAAACUGGGCCGGGCGCGGUGGCUCACGCCUGUAAUCCCAGCACUUUGGGAGGCCAAGGCGGGCAGAUCACGAGGUCGGGAGAUCGAGACCAUCCUGGCUAACACGGUGAAACCCCAUCUCUACUAAAAGUACAAAAAAUUAGCCGGGUGUGGUGGCAGGCACCUGUAGUCCCAGCUACUCGGGAGGCUGAGGCAGGAGACUGGCAUGAACCCGGGAGGCGGAGCUUGCAGUGAGCCGAAAUUGUGCCACUGCACUCCAGCCUGGGUGAUAGAGCGGGACUCCGUCUCAAAAAAAUAUAUAGAAACUGAUAAAACAAAUUAUUUAUGUUUAUAAUGAGUCUGGCCUCAUUGCAAAAACAUUCAUUUAAUAUUCAUCUGCCAAUUUUCUUUUUGCUUCUGCUUGGCUUUUAGAGUUCCUCAUACUUUUGUGUCGCUGUUUUCUGUGCUUUCCGAGGUCUUUCAAUCUCUUAUGUCUCUCAGUCUAAAGAAAAGAUGUCCUUGUAUCAGUUUCAGUGGUUUACUUCAAAUCACAACACAAGUGAAUUUAUAGUUUGGAAAAAUGUUGAUAAUAUUAAAAUAUGUUCAUUUCCUCCA